CCUGCGAGGGGGAGGAGAAAGAGGACGACGAGGGGAGGGGACGCGAGAGCCAGCGGUCCCGCCCGGUGAUGCAGGCAGCCCAGGGAGGUGGAGCCGCGACGCCUGAAGGAGUCCCCACCGCAGUCGCGCUCUCUGUCUACCUCCACGGAGCAGCCGCCCGCCGGCCCCGGCUCCGGAGACCUCCCCGGACGCCUCGAUCUGGGCGGCGGGGACCGCGGGGUCCCCCCUGUUCGGGCUGGGGGCGCCUCCGCCGCACCCAGCCCCUGCCCCUCCUUGCUUCCCGGACGGCCGAGCGACUCCCGGGGGGGGAGCUAUUCCCGGACUCUCGGCCGCCGCCCGAACAUCUCGGCUGCCAACCCGCUGGGCACAGGGCAUCAGCGAAGCCAGCCUCCGCUGACCACCUCCGAGCACUGACUGUCUCCCGCGCCGCCAGCUUCUCGCGACCCCGGGGCCGUGGACUUCUUGCCCUCCCCUCCCCGGCUGCUGGCCAAGACGCCCGCGAGCUCCCGGCGCCCCCAGGCCCCCCUGGCCGCCGCUGCGAUGCUGCCCUGGAGACGUGACAAAUUCGUGCUGGUGGAAGAUGAGGCCAAGUGCAAGGCGAAGAGCCUGAGUCCGGGGCUCGCCUACACGUCGCUGCUCUCCAGCUUCCUGCGCUCCUGUCCCGACCUGCUGCCCGACUGGCCGCUGGAGCGCCUGGGCCGAGUGUUCCGCAGCCGGCGCCAGAAAGUGGAGCUCAACAAGGAGGACCCGACCUACACCGUGUGGUACCUGGGCAACGCCGUCACCCUGCACGCCAAGGGCGACGGCUGCACCGACGACGCCGUGGGCAAGAUCUGGGCGCGCUGCGGGCCCGGUGGGGGCACCAAGAUGAAGCUGACGCUGGGGCCGCACGGCAUCCGCAUGCAGCCGUGCGAGCGCGGCGCGGCGGGGGGCUCUGGGGGCCGCAGGCCGACGCACGCCUACCUGCUGCCGCGCAUCACCUACUGCACGGCGGACGGGCGCCACCCACGCGUCUUCGCCUGGGUCUAUCGCCACCAAGCGCGCCACAAGGCCGUGGUGCUGCGCUGCCACGCCGUGCUGCUGGCGCGGGCGCACAAGGCGCGCGCCCUCGCCCGCCAGCUCCGCCAGACCGCGCUGGCGGCCUUCAGCGACUUCAAGCGCCUGCAGCGCCAGAGCGACGCGCGCCACGUGCGCCAGCAGCUCCUCCGCGCCGGGGGCGCCGCUGCCUCGGUGCCCCGCGCCCCGCUGCGCCGGCUGCUCAACGCCAAGUGCGCCUACCGACCCCCGCCCGCCGAGCGGGGCCGUGGGGUCCCGCGCCUCAGCAGCAUCCAGGAGGAAGACGAGGAGGAGGACCAGGACUCGGAGGAGCGCCAGGAAGAAGCGCCCCCGUCCGAGAGGCCCGAGGUGCUCAGCCUGACCCGGGAGCUGAGGACCUGCAGCCUGCGGGGCGCCCCAGCGCCUCUGCUGCCCGCACAGCCCCGCCGCUGGAAGGCCGGCCCGAGGGAGCGGGCGGGCCAGGCGCGCUGAGGGCGGACGCAGCAGGACUCGCGGCCCCGGACCCCGCCGGCCUGACUUCCAGCCUCCACCCCGGCCCUGCCCGCUUGGCUCCUCCCUGGUCCCCCGGCCCUUGCGUCCCUCGUGGUCUCCGUUGUUGUCUGCUCUGCGCCUCAUCCUGGCUCAGGGUGAUGCCUCAUUCGCCCUUGAUUAUUGGGGGACAAAUUGGGGGAAGGAGUGUUCAUUGUUCGCCUCUUCCUCCAUCCGGAGUUUCUGGGCGCCCUCCAUUGUGGAAUUGCCUCCUACGCUUUACACCAAGUCUCUUUGGUAAACCCAAAACAUCCUCUCAAGAGAAGGGGGGAGAAGUUUCUAGAAAUCCAGGAGGGUGGCCUUGGACCUUGACCAGGUGGACGCAGUAGCCUUGCCCUUGGCCAGUCUAGCCUUUCUCCCUGGGAUGAAACCGAUCCUGGUGAGGCCUUCUUGUCGGGGAAGAGCAGGGCCCUGGAGAGCUGAGGCCAGGCCCGCGGUGGCAGCUGAGUUUGCUGCCAUACACACAGGGAAGAAUUUUCGGGCCCUAUGCCUGGCCUCUCUACCCCUUGGAGGACUCCUGGGACUUUACUGCUCUGCCUCUGGAGAAGACCGGGAUGGUCCUACCAAUCCAAACAGGAGGCCAGGCCGGAUGACGGCGCUCUGCACCAAGCCUGUGCCCUGGCACCUGGCACCCACACAGGACUGCUCAUCCACCCCCCAUCUGCAGACAGAAGCGUGUGGUGCCCCACUAGGUGCCCCACAACCAGGACCGAGACAGGGCCUCUAGAGGAGGUAAGGAGGACCUUUGGCAGGUGCUUGGGGACACUGAUUACCCAGAAAGAGGACACAGGAGGGAUGGCCCCAAGCCGAGGUUUGUCAGAGCAGGAAGUUCCCGGUGGCAGCUGGAUUCUCAAAGCAGGAUGAGGAAGGAGGGUGCAUUGUCCCCGCAGAGGGGCGGGCCCCUGCCCAGGUGUCUGUCAGCAAAGCCACGAAAAGCCCAAAGAUCUCUGUGUCACCAACUAACUGGUCAUUGUAAAUAAAGUGGACCUGCUUUUUCAGCCUCGUCA